CCGCCAGCACAACGCCAGCUGCCCGGCCGGGGGCCGGCCGGCCGCCGACAAGAGGUUCCGGCUGCCCGUCAACCUGCGCAGCGCCUCGCCGUGGGCCUACAGAAUUUCCUAUGAUCCCACAAGAUAUCCUAAAUACAUUCCCGAAGCAUACUGUCUGUGCAAAGGCUGCCUCAUGGGGAUCUUUGGGGAGGAGAAUUUUCACUUCCGCAGCACCCCUGUGUACAUGCCAACAGUCAUCCUCCGUCGCACGUCGUCGUGUGCUGGGGGCCGUUACAUCUACACAGAAGAUUACGUCACUAUCCCAGUGGGCUGCACUUGUGUACCUGAGCAAGAAAAAGAGGCCGAAAGCGUAAAUUCCAGCAUAGAUAAGCAAGAAAUGAAGUUGCUGGUAAGCCAGAACAAGCCGUCAUCAGAAUGAAGAAUAUAUAAAGAGUCGUGUUAACAGUACUGGCUUCACAUCAUCAUUUUACCACCUCAGGAAACUGCACCACGGCAUCAAACACAUUGACUUACCCUCUUUUUCUACUUACAGUUAUUUCAGUUAUAAGAUGGAAAGUUUUGU